UUGGUAGUAACAGGAACGCGAACAGACCUGUUUUCCUCGAGGGACGCUCGUACUCUUACUAAGAGUUGAGGAGGACAAACGUCAAGAUCAGCUCCUCGUUCUCUUGGCUGUUUUCUCAGGCGAGAAGACGAUCGUUUCGUCAUCAGCGCGAGCGAGCUCAGCCAUCUCGAGCCAAUACGUAAAGAGGAGACGACGGCACGGACGGCACGGACGGCACGGACGGCAGGAAUAAUAUGGGCAUAUUUCGCGAAUUUCCAACAGUCUUCAAUCUUUAUAAGAAGUACAGUUAGACUGUGACUGAUUCAAAGCUUCUUGUCGAAGCUUUAGUAAUCGCGCAGAGAACUGGGAGGAUCGAGUUUUGUGGAGUAUUCAUUAUUUCGUACGUGAGAGUGUCAUCGAUUUGGCGAAGUUAUUUGGCGAAGAAUACCAAAGAUUGUUCAAGGAUCUCAAAUAAUAAAAAUAAUUAAACAAAAAAUAAGACAAAAGCAAAAAAAGAAUAGGAGUGAUAACUGUAUCCGGUGAAUCAGUCUUUUAUUCAAAAAAUUGUAAAGAAUAACAGACUCUAAAUAAGGUCAUUGUGAAGUUUAUCUGAUAUUCUAUAAUAUUUUCCAAAUACUAAAUAAAAUGAGUAAGUCCAAUUUUAUUCAAGAGGAGGAUAGUACUAUCAAAAAAGCCCCUACGUUAGUUAGGCGUGUCUCUGAUAUGUUUAAGGAUGGAACUUACAGUGGACCGCCAUCUCUCUUUUCUCAGAAGAUUAGGCAUUGCUGUCAGAAUUUAAAUCUCUUUCCAUACUUGCUUUAUUCUUUUGAAAAUUCCAAGUCUCAUCCAAUAGCGAAGAAAGUUAAUUUGUGCUUUGAUUUGUUACUUAGAAAUUUCAUUCAACGACUUUUAUUUGUAUACACGCGUUUACGACGAGCAGCUUUGUGUGGCCUUCAACAGGUAUCGUUAUUGUCUUCCAAGAAAGAAAUUGAAGAGCAGAAUUAUAUUUUUGCAAAAAAUGAUACAAAAGCUAGGUUAUGUAACUUUCAAAAGCAGAAACCAAAACGCAGUCCUGUACUUCUUAUAAUUGCAAUUUAUCUGGCUCCUUUGAUUCUUGCCCUUCAAUUAAUUGGACUAUGUAGUCUGCUUAUUUUUGGCAAGUAUACACCUGGAUUUAUUUUUCUUGUGACUUCGUUAGUAUUACUUGGAUAUAUAUCCAUGAAAAUAAUGUUCCAUGAUGCAGCAACAGUUCGAAGCAAAAAGGAAGAAAGGUGGGAGAUAAAGAAACUGGAUUGAUUUUGUAUUUCUUUCUAGAUCUUUAAAUAAAAUAUAAAUAGAAUUCUUUCAAUCAUAUCACUAUAAAUACUCGAUACUUUAAGAUAUUUACUUAGUUGCACCAACAUUCUAAAUAACUUGCAUUACAGAAAAAAAUAAAAUUUGGCUAAUCUAUCAUUUACUUUUUCUACAUUUACAUAUUUAUGCAGACAGUUCUUAUGUCCUCGAUGCAAGAUAAUUUUCAAUGAUUAAAUAAUUAUUAUAUUAUAGUGUUAUGAUUCACCAACA